GCCUCACAGGCAGCACUUCCUUUCAUGCAGUGUAACCCCGCCUCCUUCUGUUUGACUGGGAGACUUGUGCACUAAGAUGAAAGAAAUCAAACCAUGUGAUUGGUGGAGACACCCUUCAGCCUGUGAGAUUCCACUCAGGGGGAACAAAUCCUCAUGCUCUCCUGGAGGGGGAUGAGAAGGAUUAAAGCAGAUUACAGUUUACACCAGCAGAGGAGAAGUGGAAAGACCAGUACAGAGAACCAUUGGACCCAACUGGACCAUACUGGACUAACUGGGCUAAACUAUACCAAACUGGGCCAAGCUGGAGUAACUGGACAGAUUGGACCAAAGUGGACUGGGGCCAGCUAAAUUUGGGUAGUAACUUACUGGACUGAGCUGGGUGGUGGUCUUGGACGUGGAGGUGGAGGUGGAGGUGGAGCAGACUGAGGUGGGCUGUACAGGUCCAAACUGGUCUGAGCUGGUCCAAACUGGUCUGGGGAACAGGCAGGCUACUGGAUGGAUGGUUUUCAGGCGUACGGGGCGGGGAAGGCAGGUGGAGCUUUUGAACCCCAGACCUUUCUGAGGCAACCUCAGACGGUGGUGAGGAUCCUCUGCUGGCUCUUCUCGAUCGUGAUCCUCGGCUGCAUUGCCAAUGAGGGUUACGUCAACCGUCCCGAAGAGGUCGAAGAGUUCUGCAUCUUCAACCGCAACCAAAAUGUCUGUAACUUUUCUGUCGCCACGGGAACUCUGUGUUUCCUCUGCUGCAGUGCUUUCCUGGCGCUGGACCUCUACUUUCCUCAAAUAAGCAGCGUUAAGGACAGGAAGAAGGCUGUCAUGGCUGAUAUUGGCGUGUCAGCUGUCUGGUCUCUGGUCUGGUUCCUGGGUUUCUGUUUUCUGGCCAAUCAGUGGCAGGUAUCUAAAGAAGAAGACAACCCUUUAAAUGAAGGUGCAGAUGCUGCGAGAGCUGCUAUCGUCUUCUGCUUCUUCUCUGUUUUCUCCUGGGCCAUCCAGUGUCUUCUGGCCGUCUACAAGUUCAAACUUGGAGCCGAUUCUGUCACGUACAAUCAGGAGUACGUCGACCCGAGCAUACAGGAAGCUUUUGAUGAAGCCCUGCCCACUGAUGAGUAAAUGGGCGGGGCCUACACUGUGACAGACAGGUGUUGUUUGUGCUGUUCAGAUAUCAUGACACAUUUAGGGACACUAAGAACACUGAAACGAAACAACAGUGCCAGUUUGAUGAUGCACUCCACCAGUUUACAUGGCCUCUUUGUCAACAGCCAAUUACAGAAGAUUUAAAUGGCUAUACGUCUUAACUCGUGCUUAGACAGCAGACAGUAUGUAGAAAGUAUGUUAGAGACCUGGAUUCUUACUUUGAGCCUGUUAGCAACCAAGGCUCAUUAAAAAAAUAAUCUUAGCUCGUUAGCUGCAGCCAAAUGAGGUCUAAUGGUGGCUGACUAGCCGACUGAUGUUAGCAUGUUAGCAACAGAAAAACAGUAGCAAAAUAAGUUUAGGUUGUUACAAUGAAGAUUAAAGUCAGUUGGACCAAACAUGUUUGUUGUUGUUGUUUUUGUUGUCUUCUGAACAAUAUUGGGCUAAUUUCAAUCUUAAAUCUCCUGUUUACAAUCUACAACAUUUUAAUUUUUUUAAUUAUGGAUAACACGUAUUGUUUUGGAAAUCAAAACAGAGCUGUUUAAAAAAUAAAAAUACCUCUCGUAAAGUGUGUGCCAGUGAUGACAAUAACUAAUCAGACCUAUUUAGUUUUUUGUACCAGGCUGUAAACAUGUUAAUUUAUGCUGUAAAAACUGCUUUUUUUGGCUGUUGUGUGUGUGUGACUUCCGGUGUUCCUGGAGCCAGCCUCUAGUGGACACUCGACGAACUGCAGGAUUUUGCAGUAUCUUCAUUUUUCAAGACCGGAGCGAAUCAAUAAACCCCCUGCUGGUUGGAGG